CGAUGCUAGGAAAUUGUUACUUUUAAAAGUAUAUCAAACCCCACCUCCACCUCCACCUCCACCUCCACCUCCUUCACAUAUGUAACAAAAUCAAGAAAAUCUAGAUAAAGAAGGGAAAAAAAAAAACAAAAAAAAAAAACGGAGAUUUAAGGUCUAUAAGUAUGGCGGCUCAAAUCGGCGAAGAGAAAACAAGGGAGAUGGUUGCAUCUACUGGAUAUUGCUAUACUGAUCAUGAUUCUUCAACUGGAAAUCAAAAUAUUCAGACUCAUCUGGUGAGCCAGUUGCAGCAAUUUGAGCAUAGUUCAGAGAUCUACAACUUGACCGCUGGCAUGGAAAUGGUAGGAUUUCCACCAAAGAAUUUGGAUCAACACAAUGAAAACACCUCAGUUUUGUGGAAGGAGUACUUCAACAAACCUGGUGGUGGUGCGUCGUCGUCCAAGCCCACAUCAACAAGUGAAUAUUAUAGCCAUGAUUUAACAGGUAUAUCUGACACAACAAAUGAGAACUUCAUGGAUUCUUCAUCAGCUUGGAAUAAUCAGAACAGAUUGAUGGUGGAUGAUCCAUCUUUGAGGUGUGUUUUUCCUGGUGAAGGAAAUGAAAGGUGCCUUUCACUCUCUUUGAGCUCAUCAAAUCCUGGGACUACUGGGAUUCAUCAGUCUUUUGAUCUUGGACAACAAGAUGAUUUAAGGUUUGGUCCAUCAAGUUCUAGGUCGGUAGUAAAUAUUCAAAGACAGCAACAAAUGAUGCCACAACACUUUCAAAUAAGGAGCUCAAAGUAUUUGGCUCCUGCUCAAGACCUUCUUAAUGAGUUCUGUAAUCUUGGUUCAAAGCACUCUGAGAAUACUCCAAGGCCAAAGAUUCAAAAGAACAAUGAAUGGGAUGAUGAGAAUAUCAUAAAAAAGCAAUCUUUUUAUAAUAGCUACCUUAAGGUAACAGCUAUCUGCUACCUUAAGGCAGCAUCAGCUGCCGUUAUAGGCAGCUAUAGCUAUAAAGCUGCCUGA